CGGAUAUCCAGUCUUAGACGAGAAAUUUAUCAUGACCUGCUUCGUCACUUAGUAGUAGCUCUCCUGUGAUACCGGCCCUCAUCCGACCAGCCAUCGUCAACACCGCUGCCCACAACCGCACAACCGUGUCCGGUCCUUGCACGCACUCUCUACAAUCUCGCCACAUUCAAUUGAGCCUGUGUCUACCGCCGAUAUGUUCCGAACAGCUAUCCUCCGAUCUGCCGUCACGGCCUCUCGCAUUGCGCGACCUGUUGCCGCUCGCUCUGCCUUCGUCAUGCCCAAAGCCGUUGCACAAACAUCAAGGAUCGCCGCCGUUCCCGCUGUACGGAUGUACUCUGCUGGUGGUGGUCUGAAGAAAGAAGAGGUCGAAGGCCGAAUCAUGAGCAUCUUGAGCGGCUUCGACAAGGUCAACGACCCUAACAACAUCAAGCCUAAUGCGCACUUUUCAAACGACCUUGCCUUGGACAGCUUGGAUACAGUAGAGGUUGUUAUGGCGAUAGAAGAGGAGUUCAGCAUCGAGAUUCCCGACAAGGACGCCGAUGCCAUCCACAGUGUAAACCAGGCUGUUGAAUACAUUUUGAGCCAACCUGAUGCCAACUAAACUAUUGCCUAUAUUGUACAUUAAUAGCUGCGCCACUCGCACACAAAAUAACAUGUGCUUGGAAUACUAGGGUAUCCUGAAGCGGUCGCCUGGGUUACAUGCGGAUUUUAUGCACGAUAAGAAGCCGAGCAUGUCAAACCCCGUAGAAGACAUGCUUGGUUUAGUCGAGCUAAAACUGAUCGUGAUGAUAGCUGUCAUCAUGGCGUGCGGAUGUUUUACAGCUUGACCCCACGCCCUUGUACUAGUGUAUAGAGCUUUUAUUCAACAUUUUACAAGUGAUUACGCGUGUGGGAGUCCUUCCCGCGUUUAACCAACAUGCAAGCCUGUGUUGUAGCAUUUCACUUAACUGUGGCCUAACUUCGGAUUAGCUUACGUAUUUUUAUUCUGGUCGAACGUAUAUUGUCUUUGGCACGUGUAGGGAUUGGUUUGAUCACGAAUGGAUAAGACUAGAAAUAUGUAUUGAUAUCUCUAUAGAAUAAUUAUGAAACUAAACAA